AUGGAGCCGAGGAGCAAGGCAGUAGAUAAGAUAGAAGCCGACCACAUCGUCUUCUCAAUAUCUCACGACUGCGUCUUCUUCAUCUCUUGCGCCGAUAGAUUCAAUUCUGGGAACACCAUCCCACCCCAGGAAAGGGAAAGUGAGAUGGCAGCGACAGGCCAUUGUAUGGCUCAUUUUAUGGAACUUGCAGACUCUUCUACCAAAUGCAACAUCAUAUUAGGUGCAACCAGACACACGGUCUACACCCACACCCAAAGAUAUAAUCAUUUUUGUUCGCUAUCAAUGAACGGUUGCCAAGCUCGAGACCCAAGAGGUCCUGUCGGGAUGACUGAAACUCGGACUUUUCCGUCUGUAUCAACACCUGCCAUGGCAAUGGAACGACUCAGUUCUGUGAUUACUGAGUUGGGGUCCCACCCGCCGGUGUUCAGGUCCGGAAUAUUACGGCUGGAGGUUCCAAUCGAACAGCAAAUCGAAGCAAUCGACUGGUUACGCGCUCAGCAACAAUUCCAGCAUCUCCCUCUAUGUUUCUUCUCGGGUAGAAGUAGAAAGCAAAGAAGAAUCAAUGGCUAUGGCUAUCCUUCUCCUUCUCAUUCUUUAUUUGAUUACGACGACACCAGCGAUCACGAUUCCUCUCCCCUCAGCGUUGCUGGUUUCGGUUCUGCUGUCUUCUUUCGCCAUUUCAGUCCUUUCUCACUCCAUGAUUGGCGAUCUAUCAAGAGGUUCCUCUCUAAGAAGUGUUCAAUGAUCCGUGCUUAUGGGGCUAUCCGUUUUGAUGCCUUGGCUAAUAUAUCGUCUGAAUGGGAAGCUUUUGGGUCAUUCUUUUUCAUGAUUCCACAGGUUGAGUUUAAUGAAUUUGAAGGAAGUUCAAUGCUAGUGACUACUAUUGCCUGGGAUGAAUCCCUUUCAUGGACAUUUGGGAAGGCAAUACAUGCACUUCAGGCCACCAUGAGACAGGUAUCCUGUAAUAUUGUAAAGUUACGAAAAGAGGUUCCUAAUACAUCCAUUUUAAGCAGCAAUAAUGUUCCAAGUAAGAAAGUAUGGGAUUAUGGGGUUAACAGAGCAUUGCAGAUGAUAAACAAAAACAACUCCAACUCACCCCUUAUCAAGGUGGUGCUUGCACGUAGCAGUAUAAUCAGAACCUCCCCUGAUAUUGAUCCUCUGACAUGGUUGGCAACUUUACAGGUUGAAGGAGAAAAUGCUUACCAGUUUUGUCUUCAGCCUCCUGAUGCACCAUCGUUUAUCGGGAACACUCCAGAACAAUUAUUUCAUCGGAAUAAAUUCGACAUUUACAGCGAAGCCAUGGCUGGAACCCGAGCUAGAGGUGACUCAAAGGCCCUUGAUCUGCAGAUAGCAUUAGAUUUACUUUCCAGCUCUAAGGAUGACAAGGAGUUUUCUAUAGUGCGGGAGUGCAUAAGAAGAAAAUUAGAGUCAGUAUGUACGACAAUAUUGGUUGAACCGGAGAAAACCAUACGGAAGCUACCUAGAGUACAACAUCUUUAUGCUCGAUUAAGAGGCAGAUUAAGAAGUCAAGAUGAUGAGUUUGAUAUUUUGUCUUCACUUCAUCCAACUCCAGCUGUAUGUGGAUUCCCUACUGAGGAGGCACGUCUUCUCAUAGCAGAAACUGAAAUGUUUGACCGAGGAAUGUAUGCUGGCCCAGUUGGUUGGUUUGGAGGAAGAGAGAGUGAGUUUGCUGUUGGUAUAAGGUCCGCCUUGGUUCAAAAGGGGGUUGGGGCAUUAAUAUAUGCUGGGACUGGGAUAGUGGAAGGAAGUAAUUCAUCACAGGAGUGGGAUGAACUUGAACUCAAGACAUCUCAGUUCACGAAGCUGAUGAAGCUGGAGGUGGCCUCUAUCAAUACAAAGAAGGCUAUGUUAUCUGAAAUGUAAAACUACUUACUGUAAAGAUUCCACUUAAUGGGAUUGACCAUGCCUGUCUUCAUUCAUUCAUUCAUAAUUCAUUUGGUUAAGGAGGCAAUUGCAAAUGCCUAGGAAGAUUAUUUUGAUGAAGAUACACCCACCCCAUCUUCUCAAUUCUCAUCCAAUCGAUUUCAGGUAGAUAGCCUUGUUUUCUGGUUUCUUUUUGUUUAUAUUCAUCAUUAUUUGGGUGUGAAAAAUCCUGCUUCAGUUAAUACAUCACCACUUGUAUAUUAUUAAGCAAUAUUUCUUUAAUAGAUUAAAGCUAACACUGCAUUUUCUAUAACCACCCUCCCUUUAAUAUAUACUUAAUUCUUUUAACAAUUAAAUGUUAACUCUUACUUCUAGGCAGAAACUUAUGUUGGCUUUCAAACCCUUCAAGUGGCGCCUAACAAUAUUUUAUUUGUUAUUUAAUUUAAUUCUGCAUAGGUCUGUCCCUACCUUUAAUAGGUGGGGACCCUCUUUGAGAUAUAAACAAAGCGAAUCAAUGGAAAGACCUAACUUAUUUUGCCAUUAAACUUACUUAUAUAAUGAAAUUAGAAAUAAAUAAAUAAUUGAUGUUAGAAAAUAGGGAAAGUAUAUAAGUUAGAACUUGGAUAAUUUCGAUGAUCAUGUGGAAAAUAUUUUCCAAAAUCUUUGAUUUUUAUCCUAUUACAUGGGGUAUCACAAAACCAGAUUUGGGAUAAUCCAAGAAAAUAACAAUUUAGAUUUCAGGCAUGUUUUAGAUUCAAAAACACAAAAAUACCUUAUUGUUUUGUUGUUGUUGUGUUCUUGAGACAAAUUGUAGAAAAAUGUAAUAUGUGAAAAAGUAUGUUUUGCAACAAAACUAACAAUUGUAUACACCCAAUGGUAGUUAAGUUCGGUUAUGAUUUUGGAGGGAAAGUUGCAUUUGUUCCAGCUAGUUGUGAUGGUUGUUUUGGUGGGACCACUGAAAAGUCUUUAAAUUAUUUUACAUAUUUAUAGAAUUAAAAUGAAGGUCUACAAAAAGAUGACAUGUUCCAUUUAUCGGCAAUUGAUGAAAAACCGAUACAAAAUCUCAUGAACAUUUAUCGUAGAGGUCUUAUUAUUUAUCUAUAAUAUAUUUGUUCAACUUUAAUCAUAUCACGUGGUGACAGAAAGAAGCCAUUUUAUGAUUUUGUUUAAGACCCUAAGUUUAAAAUGUUACAAAUCAACCUCAAACUUAUUAACAUGGCACAUAACAACCAUACAAUAUUUUCCACAUCUUGAAUAUAAUGGCUCACGUCAUUAUUGUAAGCCAUGAUCUUUUAAUGGUAAUGCAACAUUUGUGAGGCAUAGACAUUUCCAAGGCCACAACUUUAUGGUUGACUUUCUAUCAACAUCAAAAUUAAUCAAGACAUUUGACUUUAAAAGGUUGAACAUGCUCAAUAAAAUCACAAAGAUUCCCAUGCAAAUAAUUCAUUUUUCAUAGUAUUAGUUUUCUUGUUUUUGGAUUUUAGCAUGUUUAGAAAACGAAAAUAGAAGAAAAAGAAAAAUAUACAUAAAAAAAUUGUUGUAUAGAAUCAAAGAAUGGGAGAGAAGGAAAAAUGGCAAGACAACCGCAAG